AUGGUCAGACCAAGAACAUCGCGAGCAAAGAAAGCUCCAGACGGGUUCCACAACAUUGAACCCACGUUGAAUUCCUUCGAGGACAAGCUCAAGGAUGCUCAGGCCACUGCGCUAUCGAAAACAGGACGAAAGAGUGAGUCGCUGUGGGAAAUAUUCCGUAUCACGCACCAGAAGUCAAGGUACGUGUACGAGUUGUACUACAAGAAGAAGGCCAUCUCCAAGGAGCUGUACGAUUGGUUACUGAAGCACAGGUACUGCGAUGCCAACCUCAUCGCCAAAUGGAAGAAACAGGGUUACGAGAACCUGUGUUGUAUCAAGUGCAUCCAAGGCUCAGAGAACAACAACGGUGGGACCUGUAUCUGUCGUGUUCCAAAGGCCACGCUAGAGAAGAAUGAGAACAUCAAGUUCAAAGAGUGCGUAAACUGUGGUUGCAGAGGAUGUGCCAGUAGCGAUUGAGCUUGUCCAAUUAUGUCUGCUGUUGAUAUGGCCUCAGCAUAUUUGAUGGAGUGCGAGCUGAGAAAUCACAACAAAUAAACUGUGCGGUAGCGCUGGAGAAGCAAGUCCGUACUGAGGCCAAGAAGAAAUGGGCUCCACAGAGGAAAUGAAUAGGGCGUUUAAGAGCUUAGCGCUGAAGUUCCAACAGCACAACCCACAAGUCUCGUUAUGGAGACUUUUGCCGUGUCUUGAGACAGACGUGCCAUGCCAUCUUGCAAUGGUUGGAAUGACAGAUG